AUAUUAUUAUCCUUCUGAGGGUAGCGAGAGAUGAUUAUCGAGUCGAGCAUCGCAGAGGGCAUUCAUCUCACGGGGCGCGACAAGUUAACUUUAAUUGUGAUUAAAAAUGUCUCUCCAUUUAAUUUAUUUCGUAUUACUUCUCAAUCCGGCACUGCUUCUAUGCCGUCACGUGCCAAAUUUCGCGGAACUAGACGAGGAUGAACAGCACCUGUUCCGGGCAGCAUACGACUCCCAUUCAUACGACACCCACUCAUACGAGGCCCCCUCAUACGAAGCACCCUACGAAGAAGAAGAAGACCUUCACCUGGGCAAACUCGAUCUCGUCAAGGACGGUCUAUGGGCUGUCAAGGCCAAACUAAAAGAACUAAAAGCUGUCAACAAAGCCCUUGCUGCCAAUGUGCUGCUGACAAAGUUGAAGCUCAAAGAUUUGCUGAAGAACCAUUUAGUGACGGUGAAGAAACAUCAUCAUGAGAAGCCCAGCUACAGCUAUCAGGCGCCAGCAUACGCACCCGCUCCGCAGUACGCGCCCGCUCCUCCGCAGUACGCGCCCGCUCCUCCACAAUACGCCCCCGCCCCCGCUGCCGCUCCGCAAUACGCCCCCGCUGCCGCUCAGUACGGCCCCGAACCUCCCUACGUUGCCCUUCAAUACGGGCACGACCCCUACUAUGGCCACUGAUCUGCAUACUUUCAUACCUCCAAAAACGCUGGCCGUGUUGUAAAUAUUAUAUUAUAGUCUCUCCUUUCUUUAGUUAAAGAAUAAGAGUUGAACCUUCCUUAUACUGCAUCAAAUCCCUUUAUCAUGUUUACAAUUUAAUUUAAUUUAUUUUUAUUAAAAAAUUUUAAUCAAAA